AUGGACUCUAAUAUGGUCUUCGAUCCCACGUCGUGGUUCGUCAACGAAGAGCCCACACAGGCGUUUGCAUCAACUCUUAGCACAACCACUCCCACUGCGACAUUGGUACCGGCAGCUACCCCCUCUGCUUUCCUUGAUAUCAUUGAGCGUACGGCCGUAAGUUAUUUUGGUCCCAAAUGGGACCUCAUGUACGCCAAGAUCGACACAGUCAUCCUGUUCGGACAGGAGACAGCCCGGGCGCUCGCAGCCGCGAGGGACAAUAUAAAGGAUAGCAUUUGUGAGCUUCCCACCACGUGGUUGGACGCGGCAACGUGGAGGGCGUGGGCAAUGGUGAGACAAUCGGCGGUCAACUUGUCACUUGAGGCGCAGAUCUUCUACGGCUCGCUUCUGCUAUACUCCUUAUAUAGACGCAGCCGGAACGUGCAGAACCUGGUUGGGAAUCUAGGAGCGGUGACUGGGAACGCAAUUAGGUUGGUCGUCUUCGCAAGAGAAGAUGUGCAAGUUCCCGUAGUGGAAGAUGGUAUGUUUACCCUGCCUGGAACAAUGACCACUCAAGGAUUGCAGACUAACCCUUAUAUGGCGCCUAUGGAAGGAGUAACAUCACCAGCAAUAACAGCUUCGCCAGUUUCACCAGUGACAGUCGCCGUGAAAACAGAAAGGGAUGUUAUCGGGCAUGAAGAAGUCAUGAUGUUCAACCGAACUUUCACGGUACAAAAGCUGGUAAAUGGACAGGUCCUGAUCGGAAUACAAAUCGAACAAGACGACAUCGUGGCGAGUCCAUCUCUUCGGUCAGUAUCCAAGUCGGUAAGCCCUCAGGGCGGUUCUUUGGAACAUCUUUCAGACCAUAUUUCCAACCAUGCCAGUGACCUGCAAGGUUUCAAAGAGUCCCUUGUGGAAUGGGAUGGACAGUCCAGGCGACGUGCGUCGCGACGUUUAGCAGGCAAGGAUCCAGAGGUUGAUCCCGCCUUCAGCAACCUCCAACCUCUCGGCUCUCAGCGUAAGCGAAAGAACAGUGAAGUUGAUGGCGAUGAACAAAUAGCCCGUCCUGCAGGCGAUGAACAAAUAGCUCGUCCUACAGAUGGCACACAGUCCAAAAGACCAAAAGGAUCAGCCAGUAAGGAUUUUGACAGGGCCUCCGGCAUCGCUCCGCCAACUCUUCAGCAAUACAAGCAAUACAAGCAACGCAAGCAGCGCAAGCAACGUCUACGAAGGAAAUAG